AUUUUUAAUAGUUUAGAAGCAUUUUUAAUCAUUAAAACUGGACUUACCUUAGAUGGUAUUAAAACAGGUAGAUCUACCUAUUUUUCGUUUCUAAUUCUACCAGUUUCUACCUAUUUUUUCACCCUGGUCUACCAUUUUGUUCAAAUUGUAUGUGACAACACUGGGUGUAUUGUUUGGUGUAACGGACGAUAACAAAAUACAAUCUCAGCAACAAAAUUUAAACUAAAACAGUUGAAUGAAUUGAUAAGCGGUUAAUUUAACUACCAUUGUUUAACUUACACUUCUGUAAAAGUCACAGUAUUUAUUGGUAUUUAAUAAGGAGCUUCAGAAAUGGGAGAAUCUGAGGAAUCAAGGCCUUGUCAAGGUCUCACUGCGUUACACAAUAUCAAUAGGCAUACUGGAGUUCCACUGAAAACUGGGAAAACUAAAAAUAACCUCUUGGACUACUUUCACUCUAGAGACAAUGAUAAUAAGAAAAAAGUAUCCAAAUCUACACAAGUAAACAGCACAUGGAUUACGGAAGAAGAUAUUUCAAGUGAUGUCCCUAGUGAACAUUUCUGGCAAAAUGUAGCGGAAAAGAGGCGUGUGGCCUUGGAAGAGGCUUUAGGCGAAAACGAGCGGUUGUGUAAAUUAUAUGAAUCAUUAUCCAUAGAAAAUGAUCAAUACAAAACUUUACUUGAGGAAGCUAACAGCUUUGUAGAUGUUUUUAAAGAAUUAGUUCAAGAUAACGCCGAUGAUACCGGCAUUGACGUUGGAGACUUGAGUACAUCUGCCGAAGCAGAAUAAAUCGAAGACUGAGUCAUUUUAAUGUGUGUGUUUUUUAUUUUAUUUUAUUUUAUGUCAGUGUGAAUUUGCCUUAAUGAUGUACCUUAUUAAUGAAUAUUAAAAUUGUCUGAUUAAAUUGCCUUUUAUCUUAAA